CUUAUCGCCGCCUUUGCCAAUUACAUGUGUCUCGUUUACAGUUGGCAGAUAAAUUCCAUGUUCCAUAUUUCGGCGAAACCGCGCCACAUUAAUCUAGUCGACAAAUCGUGACAAAUUGCACAUAAUUUCGCGCUUGUGUUUUUUUUUACAUCUCCAAAGCGAUCGGCCAGACUGGCAGUUGCCCAGACGUCGUAUUACCAAUCAGUCGCUUUGGGCUUACCUCCAGUUUUCUGUCCCAUCACCUGUGCUCAGUGUAUUUGCAUGUUUGUAAAUAUUAGUAAAACCUGUGCAACAUGACCCGCAGCAGGUCGUGGACCUUGCCCCGCCUCUCGCAGUCGAGUGUGUCCACCACUUAUAGCCUCCUGGGAUCCGUCCGGCUCACCUAUGCCGUGUGUGCUUUCAUAGCCACCAGCCUGCACGCCGCCAUACGCAACAUGCUCGGCCUGAUCAUCUUGAGGAUGGUCAAGUCCCGGCCGGAGGAUGCUCUGCAACAGGCUCUGCAGGCGGCGAGCAAUGUCACAACUUCCAGCCGGUGCAGUGGCUCUCGGAUUGGGUUUAACAGCGCGAUCCAUGUAGAGGAUCUCUUACAGACUGGCGACUUACCAUGGUCUCGCAACCAGGAGCUGGCAUUUCCCGGAGUAUACUACUAUGGCUAUGUGGUUUCCAUUCUGCUAUCCGGUUACCUGGCAGACCGAUGCAGCAGCAAGACGCUAUUGAUGGUAUCCCUAAUCUGCCAGGCGGUAGCUUACAUCCUCCUUCCCGUAAUGGCCCAUUACAGCUUCGAGGCGGCUGUGAUCGAUCUGGUGGUGUGCGGCCUGCUGGCGGGCUGCGGCAAUCCGUCGCUAUACAAGCUGUUCGUCACCUGGGCCCAUCCCACGGAGCGGACGGCGCUGCUGUCGUUCGCCUACAGCGGCAUGUUGGUGGGAGCCAUGGUAGUAUUCCCGGUGGCCGGCUAUCUCAGCAACUUUGGAUGGGAACUGUCCUUCUUUGUGGUGGGUUCAGUGGCUCUUCUCUUCGGCAUUGCCUGCAACUGGCUCAUCUAUGAUACCUUGGAUCAGCAUCCCCGCAUUUCGAAUGAGGAGGUGGCCUACCUCAGACAGGGAAAGAGUCCUCCAGAGCCUCAUGCACCGCAGGUGGUGAGUGUUCCCUGGAAGAGCCUGCUGAGCGCUCUGCCGGCAUACGCUUUCGUUUUGACCCACGUGUUCCACUGCUACACCUUUCUGGUGCUCUCGCUGCUAAUGCCCCGAUUCAUGAGCGAAGCCAUGGAGUACGACCUGAAAGAGGUGGGCUUCCUAUCCGCGGCCCCAUAUCUGGGCGGGCUGUGCUCGAAGGUGGUGUGCAUUCUGGGAGGCAGCUACUUGGAGCGACGCUUCGGCCCGGAUCAGAGCUGCAUGCGACGGACACUAUACGGAAUCUGCAGCAUCCUAACGACUUUAUUUCUGGGUAUUAUUAUCCUGGCUGAUUGCGGAAACAAGACGCUGGUCCUGCUCAUGUUUAUACUCCUGAUGGCGUCCACGGACAUGGGAUUCAGUGGCUAUUGGCCCACACUGCUCUACUUUGCCCCCUCCUUCGCGGGUUUACUUUCCGGAUUGGCCAAUGCUCUGGCUCAUCUGACCGGAUUUCUGGCUCCAUAUCUCGUCGCCGCCCUGGUGCACACCGGCAGCAAGGAGGAGUGGAAUGUGGUGCUGAUGACUCUCAUAGCAUUCAACACGCUGGCUAUGCUUGUGUUUGGACUAUGUAGCAGUACCAGACUGCAGCCCUGGGAUCCACGCAACGGCGAUACGCAUGAGAGAUCUGCGUCUGCCAAAGAAAAUAUCAGUUAGCCCUUUGCCGCAUAUUUAUAAAUUGUUUUAUCGUGUGUGAGUUUAAAAAGCCCGCCGAAAUGCGUGUUCUAAUCGAUACCUAUCGACUAGAGAUGUGCAUGUGAAAUUAGAUAUAUCGUGUCACGGUUAUUGUAAUUUAAAUAUUUAAAUGCUAAAAAAUAAUUAUAUUCUUCAGAAGAAUUGAUAACAGCCAACAGCAAAUGUUUUAAAAAAUAAAUAGUACUGUCUUUAUAAAAUGUCCACUGUUUAAGUUAAAAAAAAAUUAAAUAAAAUUAUAAAUUUCUUCAUACAUAUAA